GAAAAAGGGUAGAAUUCGCAGGUCAUAGAAAUCAAUUAGGUCAUACUAUUAGAUGACAAAUUUAUGAAUUUAAUACAGCCUCUCUCGUCUCCCUCUUCUCCAGAACUUCUCCAUAUAUCCCUUCAUCCUUCAACUCCGGCGACUACUCGUCGCUGCGACUCAGACGCAGCUGUUAGUGAAUAAAUUCAGGCCAGAACUUCUCAGACUCAGACGUCGCUGCGAAAUUCACGCCAUAACUUCUCCAUCUAUUCUCUCUCUCUCUCCUCUCUCUCCCUUAAGCAGCCGCGCCGCCGCCCCUUUUCCCCGGCGAAUCGUUGCUGGAGACCACCUCCACUCCAGCUUCCACCGCUCGCCCCCCAAACAUCUCCGUUCCGCCGCCGUCUAUUUCUAGUCAAUCGAAUUUCUUUCACUUCCGUUUCCUAUCAAUUUUUCUUCAAGCCAUGUCGGAAUCGGGCACCACACAUCCGACGCAGGACAUCGCGGAUGAUAUCAAGGCUCUGCAGCUCGAUUCAGCUGCAGAGGAUACUGUGAUGGCUAACACAGAAGAUGUAAAGCCUGAUGUAGUUGUAAAUCAUGACAAAACGGACGUAGCUACAGAAGAUGUUGUGAUGGCUAAUUCAGAAGAUGGGAAGCAUGAUACAGUUUUGAAUCCUGAUAAAACAGAUGGAGUGAAAGAUAAGGAAAGCAUUCCUCCAGAUGAUAUUGAUGAUGUGGAUGAACCGAAAAAGAGACACUUGAAUGUUGUAUUCAUUGGUCACGUUGAUGCCGGGAAGUCUACAAUUGGAGGGCAAAUUCUAUAUCUUAGUGGGCAAGUUGAUGAGCGCACAAUACAAAAGUAUGAGAAAGAAGCUAAGGACAAAAGUAGGGAGAGUUGGUAUAUGGCUUAUAUCAUGGACACAAAUGAAGAAGAGAGGGUUAAGGGGAAAACAGUUGAGGUUGGAAGAGCCCACUUUGAGACAGAAACCACAAGGUUUACAAUAUUAGAUGCCCCGGGUCACAAAAGCUAUGUGCCCAACAUGAUCAGUGGAGCAUCUCAAGCAGAUAUAGGUGUACUAGUUAUUUCAGCUCGAAAGGGAGAAUUUGAAACUGGUUAUGAGAGAGGUGGACAGACACGUGAACAUGUCCAACUAGCAAAAACCUUGGGAGUCUCUAAGCUUCUCGUUGUCGUCAACAAAAUGGACGAGCCUACUGUGAAAUGGUCAAAAGAGAGAUUUGAUGAGAUUGAGUCAAAAAUGACUACAUUUUUAAAAUCCUCAGGUUAUAAUGUGAAAAAAGAUGUUCAGUUUCUCCCAAUAUCUGGUCUUAUGGGGACAAAUAUGAAGACUAGAAUGGGCAAAGAUAUAUGUCCUUGGUGGGAUGGUAGAUGCCUUUUUGAAGCUCUUGAUGCUAUUGAAGUUCCGCCACGUGAUCCCCAAGGUCCUUUCAGAAUGCCGAUUAUUGACAAAUUUAAGGACAUGGGAACUGUUGUCAUGGGGAAAAUAGAAUCUGGAACUGUCCGUGAAGCCGACACUUUGGUAGUCAUGCCUAAUAAGGUACAAGUUAAAGUUCUUGCCAUCUUCUGUGAUGAAAAUAGAGUGAGGCGUGCUGGACCUGGUGAAAAUUUGCGUGUCAGGUUGUCGGGGAUUGAAGAGGAGGAUAUUAUCGGGGGUUUUGUUCUGAGUAGCAUUGCAAGACCAGUAGCUGCUGUAUCUGAGUUUCUUGCCCAACUGUCAAUUUUGGAGUUGCUCGACAAUGCAAUUUUUUGUGCUGGGUACAAGGCUGUCCUACAUAUCCAUGCUGUGGUGGAAGAGUGUGAGAUUGUUGAGUUGACUCAGCAGAUUGAUCCCAAAACCAGAAAACGUUUGAAAAAGAAACCACUUUUUGUUAAGAAAGGCGCUGUUGUGGAAUGCCGUGUUCAGGUGAACAACAUGAUUUGCAUUGAGAAGUACUCGGAAUUUCCACAGCUUGGGCGGUUUACUCUUCGCACUGAAGGGAAAACUGUUGCUGUGGGGAAGGUAACUGGGCUGACUUCAAGUGAGAGCGCCUAAACAAUUUUGUCUUGAGAGGUGGUUGAUUUCAGAACUCAGAUGAAAAGAGAGAACACGGAAAGCACCUGGUCAUAAGACCUAGUAUCAUAUCCUUCAAAUGAUUUGAGGGUGAUUAGAAGAUUGACGACGGUUGUUUCUGGUUGCUCUCUUCAGGUGCUUUGCCAUUAAUUUGGUUUAUAUACAAAAUCUAUAAGAUGUGGCUCAGUUGUAAGUUUGUGCGACUACUGUAUUUCUCCAAGAGUCCUCUUCAUAGACUGAGGUGUAUAUGAUCGUAAUAUUUGUUUCACAUUGGUGCUCAUUGUAGCUUUGCUCGAUUUACAGUUUCGAUAUAUACAGUAUGUGCUCUUGUCUAAUACUACUAUAUUAUACUUGCUUCAAA